UAUACAAUAUAAACACGUGUUCUUAAAUGCAAACACACAUGAAUAGGUGCAAUCCUACUAGAAAAGGGGGAACUAAAAGCGGUCAGAAUGGGAGAAAGUCAGAGAAUGGUAUCAUAUGCAAAGGAAACAAAGACGAGGAACUUGAUCCACCCCUUGCAGAAAGCGAAAUUCCCUGGGAAGAAUCAUCGAAUCAUCAAGAAUUUAGCUGGAGGGCUAUUAUCAUCGUGGCAAUCAGCCUGAUAAUAACUUUGCCAUCAGUUUAUUUGGGACUAUUCUAUGAUGGUGUCAAAUAUUCAUCCACUAACAAUUUUGGGACCGUGGUUGGUUCCCUAAUUUGCAUGUUCAUAAUGAUGUGCUUUGAAACUCGAGUAUUUCGGAGGCCCUCGAGCAAAUACAUUUUAUUGGCACUAUUUGCGGCAGCCCAUUUGUGUACACACCCAUUUUGCAUUUCCCUUCUCCUCAACUUUCAAAAAGUGAUCGAUGGGCAGUAUGAAAAGGGCGAUUACGCAAUGGCUGCCUUGUGCCUUGGUCAAGAUGCUAUGAGCCUAAUUCUCUUUGUUAACUCAUUGUGUGCGGGCGAAGCUAAUGACAAUGAUGACGAUGAUUGUAGCACUAGUGAUGAUUCUGGUGGGGAUUCAAGCGGUGGCAGUUCAUGAGUGCGUUUAACGUAAAACUGCUAACAAAAAACUCGUUUAUCUGACUGCUUAAAGUAACCAAAAGUAUGUACAUAGUAUGCAAAAACUGAACACAAUAUAAAAAAUAAACUUUACUUAA